UUCUCGUCGGGAAGACGAAAUGACCAGCCCGUUGAGGGUCUCAGUGGGGCUUCCUUAGACUUGCUGUGCACGUCUCUUUCCGGAUACUGUAGAUCUGUCAAACAGGGAUUUAUAACUUCGGGAUUUACUUGAAAAUCGUCGGUAUUUGCGGAUAUCUCUAUCAGGGCUAAGUCAAAUGGAGAUGAUGGCUUCAUCGCUCCUAUACGCGCUGUGCAUGUGGUUAACUUUAUUCCGUCCUUCGGUGGGAACAGGGUUUGUUUAUCACUUUCCAGGCAUCACUGUGCAGCGGCAGCGCAUCAACUCGGAGCAGAGCGGCAGCACUGGACCACCAGGUACCGGGUCCCGUACCCAACUCAGGAACUGGUGUCAGUAUACUGUUUCCAAGACAGUGUCCUGUCAGGUGCAUAAUGGGACAGAGACCACAGUGCAGAGAGUGUUUCAGGGCUGCCGAUGGCCCGGACCCUGUUCCAAAGUCAUCAGCUACAGGACCCUCAUCAGGCCGUCUUUCAAGACUACCUACAAGCAAGUCACAGCACUGGAGUGGAGAUGCUGCCCAGGGUUUGUGGGAGAGGAGUGUCGUGAAGAGUGUAUGAACUGUACUAGCUUCAAUGACAUGAACAGCAGAAUAAAUGCAAUUGAAUCAAAGAUCCGGCUGUUAGAGGAGGGACGAUCCUCACUGCCUACAGUCAGCAGUUUACCAGAGGGCUCAACGGACAACGAGGUGGACACACCUCAACCCACUCCUAUUGGACCGCCGAUAUACCUGCCGCCAGGAGGCAUAGGGCCUCCAGGGCCCACUGGACCUCCAGGGCUUCCUGGUUCUGCUGGACUUCCGGGUCCGGCUGGAAGACCAGGCCUUCCUGGACCCAUCGGACCAAAGGGGGACAGAGGUUUACCUGGAGAAAUAGGUCUACCCGGCCCUCCCGGUCGACCAGGUACUCCAGGGCCAAGCUCUUUUCCAGUCCUAGCGCGCGGUGAUGUCUUUCAAGUCGACAACGAAGAGGAGGUCCCUGUACAUACAACCCUCCCUGCUCCACAGAUCAUAAUCGGGCCUCCCGGUCCUACAGGCCCUUCUGGUCCCUCAGGCCCUGCAGGACCGAGAGGACCUGCAGGGAUACCAGGCCUGCCGGGACAAGAUGGCAAGGAAGGCCUCCAAGGCAAGCCUGGGGAUCCUGGGCCUAAAGGAGAUCCAGGGGAAAGGGGGUAUCCAGGUGUAACAGGCGAGCAUGGCCUACCUGGAGCACGAGGGCCAAAAGGAGAGCCAGGAGAAGGCUUGAAUGAGGGAGAGACUGUGCAGCAGCUCAGAGAGGCCCUGAAGAUCCUGGCUGAGAGGGUCCUGAUCCUGGAGCACAUGAUCGGCAUUCAUGACAGCUCUGAAGGAUCUGGUUUUGGCAGCAUUUUGGACCCGCUGCCCUUCUCUGCCAUAAAGACCAAACGCCUUCAGCCUGUUCAAACCCCUCCUCAAACUCCAGUACAGGGGGAGAAACAAAGACGAGCUCCCCUUUAAGAGUAUAGUCUAAUUUGUAUUUGUGUUCAUAAUUGUGAAGGAUGUUGCAAAUUUUGCUUAACUGGACUUGCGAUUUUUGUUCAUAUCAUUUUUUCUCAUGCCUUUAUUUUUUUUGAAUUUAUUCUGACUAAUUGUGUUUUUUGUUACAAAUUAGUACUGUUGUAAAAAUGAAGCUCUUUUCAAACAUGAGAUGUUGAGCAUUUCAUUCACAUGAAAGGCUUUUUUGAGCCUUAUUCACCCUGUUGCUGCACGACCUUAGUCUAUAUAACCUUAGCAGCGGCACUUACACGGCGUUGUACAAUGAAAUAUAAUCUCAUAAACUGCAAUGAGGGUUUUGGCAUCUUUCUUUCCACAGAUAAAAGACUGCCUAGUAAACACAUCAGUUUCCUUGGCUAAUGUCGCAAAGGUCUGAGUUCCUGUGAGCUGUACCCAAAAUGUACUAUUUAGUGUCAAACAGAUUCUUGGAACGAUCUCAAGGUUCAUCUCGUGUUAGUCUGUCAAACAGGUUUCUUCUUCUCUCCUUCUUUCUCUCACUCUGGGCUCUGCCUUGUUAAAACUGAGGUAAGACAUGACACGCUUCCAAGAAUAUCUGCUUAAAAUAAAGUUCGGCAAAAUGAAUCGCAUCUGGAGAGCGCACAUCUGGAAAGCGAAAUGAAGAGAUGCUGAAAGCUGAGUUUUGGCCUGGAAACCGCAAACCCUGCUCGGCUCCAGUGCACUUUCAUACAACUGGCUGACAGAGCAUUAAACCUGACAGUUUUACAUUGACUUCUUCAUAAAACUGACUCUGAGAUUUGUUUCCAAACUGAUAUUGUACAGAAAGUCUCUGAGAGACCAGGCCUGUUGGUCUCUGAAUAAGGCUUUGGCUACGGCUGGUACAAUCCUUGUUUUCUCAGUUACAAAGUUCAUAUGUUAAAGGAAUUGUUCAGCAUUUAUGCACUUAUUCACUUUCUGGUCAAGAGUAAGAUUGGAAGAUUGAUACCGCUCUCAUUUGUGGUAAUGUGAGGCUGCAGCCAGGAGCUUCUCAGCUUAGCUUAACAUACAGACCGCAAACGGGGGAACAGCUAGCCUGCCUCCGUCAAAAGGUAACAAAAUCCUCCCACAAGCACUGACAACUUCAUGUGACAACAACGCUGCGUUCGUGUCACAUCAUUCAGACCGAAAUAAUGAGCAGCCAAGGGGGAAAGCUGCUCAUGUCAGCCUCUGACUCACUGUAUAACUCAAAGUUGGAGAUUUCAGGAAUAUCUGAGAUCGAUCAUAUCUCCCACUUCGUAAAAAGAACUACACAAGUAUCAAAGUUUGGACAAAUUGCUGCAAAGCCACCAUUGCUGACAGUUACAUCCGCAUAAAAUCCAAUGUUAUCACCAGUAAAACCAAUUCAACUCAUUAAAAAGCUGCUUUACGUUGUCUUUGUAUAUAGUUUCACUUGUUAAUGAACUGCUACAAUCACAUCUAACAGCAAAAUUAGCUAAAUUUAGUAUAUUUAUUUGCUGUGACAACAAGGUUAGCUAGUUACCCUCUUGAAAUAAUCCUUACAAACUGGAUUAACGGGGACGUUUUCCUGUUUGCUUGACAAUUGCAUUGAAUGCAGAGGCCACAAAUUCACUGCACAAAUCCAAGAAAUAGUUUGGCGCAUGACAACCUAUUGAAACCACAACAUACAAAUAAACAAACAAGGUACAACAUGUGAUUUUAUUACCUUUGGACAGAGCCAGGCUAGCUCUCCCCCGUUUCCAGUCUUUGCGCUACACUCGGCUAAUCGACAGCUAGCUGUAGCUUCAUAUUGAACGCACAGGCUCAAGAGUGGCAUUGAUAUUCUCGUCUAUCUCGCGUAAAGAAAGUGAAUACAUGUAUUUCUCUUGUUCAGUCUCUGAUACGUUAUCUUAUGUUAUAGAGGGCUGAAUCUACAAAUGCAGGCCUACCUCUUAAAUACAGCUGUUUUGUUGUGUAUUGUGCAUGUUUCAUUAUCUUUUAUAA